AUGCACAUCCCACUCCCCUUCCUCCUCCUCGCUAGCACCCUCCUGCCAGGUAUCACAGCCCACAAAACCAAGAAGUCGCAACUUGACCCCAUUCUCGCUGUCCCUCUUACCCACCAAGAGCAACUUCCACUUCACAGCGGCAAGAAGGACGAACUCCUGAGAGAACUAGAGGACGAAUUCAGCACCCAUAUGACGACCCAUAAGACAACCAUGAAAUCGCAUCUCGCCUCCCUAGCCGAGAUCUUGGGGAUGGAGCUAAAUUCGCUGAUGAAGGAGGACUUGGAGACUUUGCUGAGUACCAUUGGUCUGGUGUUGGGUGAGGAUGAUACGACUCCCGCUUCUCCUUCUGAACUUUCUGAGAAUUACAACGACCUAAAACGAGGAGGUAAGGGAAAAGUUCGAGGUGGGAGUGCGAGUAAAAAAUCGGAUAGAAAGAAGGAACGCGUAAAGGGGGGACAAGCAGAUGUCGAGGAGAAGAUGGAGACGUUUGUCAAGGCUAUGGGUAUUGUUGAAGAGAUGAAGGAGUUGCAUCUUGCGUUGAAUCUAUGGCUCGUGGGGAUUAGGGAGAAGAUCCGGGCGCUGAAGGGGAAAAGUCCUUGA